CAAACCGUCAGUAAAUGACUAAAUCCCUAGUUAGUAACGCCUCUGACUCUCUGAGCCUCUCGCCACUCGCCACCGUCAGACCAUCACCGGUACUGCCUCCUCCACCGGUCGCCACUGCGGCACUGCCUCCUCCACCGGACCACUGCGGCUUCGCCGGUCACAACUCCAGGCUCACGAGCAUUGGGAGAUAAAGACUGUGGUAUCCCUUUUGAGACAGAGACGCCGUUCCUCAAACAGCACUACAGCAGCACAGCUAAUGUUUCCUUCUUCCUAAUACAAUUGAGUUUCAGCAGAGGAAAAUGGUGGUGGUUCCUCUUAACAGCAUUCCCCUGCACAAAAAUCUCAACAAGAUUUUUCUAGCCAAAGUCAAUUGCAAUUAAAGUUGUGCAUUAUCUACAACAUUCAAGCUUCUUACUUGCGGAAUUGCACUCAAGAUCUCAGAUAUGUAUGCACAAGCAUUCACAGUAUCAAUGUACAGUCCCACUGCAACAAAGUUCUCACCUUUACCUCAUUUUCUUGCUCCUUGCACUCAAUCAAAAAGUUUGUUGUAUUUUUCAAAAUCGAAAUCUGGGUAUUGCAAUUUGGUUAAAAGGGUCUCCGAAUCACAAAGAAGUUCAAGAAACGGUAAUGGUCAUGUAGUGGUGAAUGUCCGGUGUGAAGGGUCACCAAUGGAAAAUGAUAAUGAUGAUGGGUUUUACAUACGGAGGUGUGUGGAGCUUGCUAGGAAGGCAGUUGGGUGCACAAGUCCUAAUCCUAUGGUUGGUUGUGUUAUUGUUAAGGAUGGGAGGAUUGUGGGUGAAGGGUUUCACCCUAAGGCUGGUCAACCUCAUGCUGAGGUUUUUGCACUUAGAGAUGCCGGGAAUAUGGCAGAAGAUGCAACUGCAUAUGUGAGCUUAGAACCAUGUAAUCAUUAUGGCAGGACUCCACCAUGCACCGAGGCACUGAUCAAAGCCAAAGUGAAGAAGGUGGUUGUUGGAAUGGUAGAUCCAAAUCCCAUUGUGGAUUCAAAGGGGUUGGACAGACUACGGGAAGCAGGAAUUGAAGUGACAGUGGGGGUUGAGGAAGAACUUUGCCAGAAGCUUAAUGAAGCCUUUGUGCAUAAAAUGCUUACAGGGAAGCCAUUUGUUACUUUGAGGUACACCAUCUCACUUGAUGGCCAUCUUUCAAAUCAGCUUGGGGAGAAAGUCAUGGAAUCAGGUGGCUACUACUCGAGACUGUUGCAAGAAAAUGAUGCAGUUAUACAUUCUUCCACCUCGGUAGCAGAGAAUCCUUCGGUUCUUUCAUCUAAAGAACCUGGAGCCAAUCAACCACUUAACAUUUUAUUAGCAGUCUCUCCUAAUCUGCCAAAUGUCCCCCCAGCCUUAACUGCAGAUGCAACGCCAAAACUGAUUAUAUUCACCGAGAAAGAGACAGCAGCAGCAGCACCUGAUUCAAACCAAAGAGCAGUCGAGACAGUAGUUUUGGAUAGAAUGAAUUUAACAGCAAUACUCGAUCAUUGCAAGCGCCAAGGUCUAUGUAGUGUCAUGCUGGAUGUAAGAGGUAACUCUACUGAAUUUGAGGGGAUUUUGAGAGAGGGUUUUGAGCAAAGUUUGUUUCAGAAAGUCGUGAUGGAAGUUUUGCCAGUCUGGGGAGGAUCAGAUGUGUUCAAGAACUCGGGGCUAAACCUAAAGGUGAAGAAUUUGACAACAAGGGUAUCUGGCAACAGUGUGCUCCUGGAAGGAUAUUUCUGAUUCAACAAAUGGAGAGUGCUACUAAACAGCAGUUCUGAUUUGAUGCAAAAUUACUAUGACUGGAGUUGCAGUUUUGGCUGUGAACUUUUAAGUUAAAUAGUGGAGUGUGGAUGAAAUUGGAGACAGCUUGGGCUAAGCAGAGUGUUAUUCAUGGUUAACAAGAUUCCUGACUAGAAAUCAUGGCUUCAAAGCAAUUCUUAUACUCUACACGUUACGUGAGUUACACUAUUCUUAUUAUUUACCACAAAUUUUAAAAUUUCCCCUAUGUUUGCCACAAAUAAAGUCUAGAAGUAAUUUUUUAUUUUUUUUAAUACUCCAUACAUUUGAUUGAAAUUGAGAUUUAAGACUACAAGAGUUUUGACAAAAUUAAUGUUAGAAUAAUGUUGAACAUUUGACAGAAGUGGUAUGUAUGGCAUGUAUUUAAUGUAACGUUGUUUAAGGCAAAGAAUUAUGUUCAUAGUUGUAUCA